AAGUGCACAUUAAAAGUCACCAUGGCAUGGAAUAUGUACCAGAUCACCCUACUUUUAUUGUCACUGUCCUUAAUGCAGCAAGUUUCUUCACAAGGUGUAUCAAGCUGUGUAGGGAGAUGUACGGAAGGAUAUUCUAGGACUCCUGGCUGCCAAUGUGACAGUAAUUGCCAACUCUAUGAGGAAUGCUGUCCUGAUUACGAACAGGUUUGCCUGGCAGAACUCUCCUGUAAAGGACACUGUACUGACCGAUAUGUCCGGGGCAGACUCUGUGACUGCGAUCCAGAUUGUCACAAAUAUGGCAAGUGCUGUCCAGACUUUAAAGAGGCUUGUCCAGCAACGACCACCACAACCAAGCCACCAGCCACAACCUCCAAACCAAAAUCAACAACCAAACGUUCACCUAAAUUUAACCCAAUACCAGUGUCUUUAAAGAAGAAGAAGCACAAGAGGAUUUCUCAUGAAAGUAUGGAAGAGCAUGCUGAACACCAUUCUACUUCUUCAAAAUCCUCAUCGAUUCGGAGAGCAACAGCUUUAUUAGGAGAAACUGUGGAUGCAAAAAAGAAGAAAGCUAAGGCAUUAGAAGAAGAAAAAAAAAAAGCUCGUGAAGCAGCAAAAUCAAGAAGAAAAUCAUCUAAAGCAGUGAAAGUGAUUUCAGAGGAUGAUGCUAGUGGGGAAGGCAAUGCAGUAACAACAAAGGCUACCACAACUACUAUCAGUACAACAAAGAUGCCAUCCACCACAGGCACAACCACAACACAGCUCACAACCACCACCACAAGGCAGCCAUCUACUACAAUGGAAAAAAUGACUUCCACAGCAACCACAACCACAACAAAGCUGACAUCCACUACUGCUACUAUAAAGACAUUACCCACCACAAUAACGACGACAAAGUUGCCAUCCACCAGCACCAGCACCACACUUCCAUCUACUACCACCCCCACACAGCUGCCAUCCACCACAAGUACCACCACAAAGCUGCCACCAACCACGGCAACAACACAACUGACACCCACAACUACCACCAUCACCACCACAAAUAAGCCAUCCACCACAAGUAGCACAAAACCAUCCUCUACCACAACUACUGUGAAGCUGCCAUCUACUUCUACAAAGCAGACUACUACAGAGCUUACAACUCAAGGAAAUAAAGAUAAAGGAACCACAAAGGAAAACCCAACUAAAAAGAAUACAGUAACACAAGUGAGUACAACUUCCAGCACCCUAUCUUCUACAACAAACAAAAUCACAUCAUAUUCCUCUACUUGGUCCACUAUUGUUCCUACAACAGAAAGGCAAGUCACCUCUUACUCCAGUCCAAGAGAUGCUACCAUUUCCACAACUAAAUCUCCAGAGAGAGAGGCUACAGCAUAUGUUCGACCAGAAAACAUUGCCACAUCUCUAUUGUACAAAGAUGUACCAGACGAGAUGAACUUGUGUAAUAAGAAGCCUAUAGACGGGAUCGUCCCUCUACAAAAUGGGUCACUUGCAGUGUUCAAAGGUCAUUACUACUGGCUGCUAAAUGGAACAAGCUCACCCUCCCCUCAACCUCGUAAAAUCUCAGAAGGAUGGCAUAUCCCUUCCCCCAUUGACACAGUGUUCUCCAGAUGUAACUGUGAUGGCAAAACCUUCUUUUUCAAGGGGUCCCAAUACUGGCGCUUCACCAAUGAUGUAAUGGACCCUGGCUAUCCUAAGCUGAUUGUAAAAGGAUUUGGAGGACUGAAUGGGAAAAUUAUGGGAGCUCUUUCGGUGGCUCGGUACAGAAGCAGGCCAGAAUCUGUACAUUUUUUUAAAGAAGGUGGCAAUGUUCAACAAUAUAUCUACAAACAAAAACCAAAGAAGUGUAAGAAGAAAGUUGUAACUGUGAAUUAUCCAGUUUAUAAACCGAAGACUUUGGUUCUAAGGCAGAGGCGCUUUCGACGUGCAGUACAAUCUCGUCAGAUCUUCCGAACCAUCCGGAUAAGGCAGUACCCAGUCAUUCGGAUCACCCAUCGUUCGACAGGAGUACUGCAGCCAGAGGUUAAAAUCACCUCAUAUUGGAGAGGAUUUCCAAAAGACUUUAAUUCUGCUAUUUCUGUUCCUAAUGUGGAGAAUGGGGAUGGAUACGAUUACUAUGCAUUUGCUAAAGAUAACUACUACAGCUUGGAUGUGGGCAGCAGAAUAGCAAGACCAGUUACAAGGCAAACUGGGCAGACUGUGUCCAAUGCUUGGUACAAGUGUCCUGCAGAAUAACUUGGAAACUCAAGACAACCUGAAAGAAUUGCUUUUGUGUGACAGUUUCUCUAGUUUUUAUUAAUAAAAGAUGAUCAAAUGUUCAUACAACAAUCCUUUUUUAACAUUUAAAAAAGACUGCUUUAAGCUUGGCAGCUAUUAUACUAAUGCAGAAUAAAGGCAGACUAA